UUGGAAUUUAAACUCGUGAUAGUCAUGAGUGUAGAGACCAAAUAAAAAAAAUCAAUGAAGUGGAAAAAGGAAAGAGGAAAAAGUUGCUUCCACCUAGCAGACAGAGAGUGUGGAUCUGUGAAGAAGGUGUGACCAAAACCUGUCUUACAAAAUGCCCAAAGGAGACCACCAAACAGAUGGCAUCUUCAGCAGAGGGAAGCGAUAUACUUAUCUUGCAGCACAAGAGGCUGCAGGUAUUGGAAUCCUUGUUGUGGUUCUUGCAGUUUUACUGAUCAUUGGCUGCUGGUAUUACAAAAGGCGAUGUGGCUAUAAAAACCUCCGGAGUAAAAGCUUGCAUGCUGGCACUAUGAGAAGAGUGGCAGGUGAAGAUGCCCCACUGGAUUGCAAAGCACUUUUACAGGAGUACAGCAACUUUAACUCUGUGGUACCUGAUGCUCCACCAGCAUAUGACAAAAUCUCUGCCGACCCAUUGCCACCACUUUAUUCGCCAUGACGUUGAGUCAGUCUUAAACUCUAAGUACACAGAUUGAUUCUCUUUGUGCUUUUGCUUAAACUCAUGUUCAAACCAAGCAUUCUUUAUGGGUAAACUGUAAUAAUAAAGUACACAUUUCCAUGA